AUGAAUGAUACUGUCACAGAAUCCAAUGAGAAUGGCUUUGAGGCAGAAAAGAUUUCUAAAAACCUUCCUUAUGUGGCCCCAAUAUCAGGAGGACUGAGAGAAGGCAUGGCCUUGUACUUACAGGGAGUGGUUCCCAAGAAUGCUGAUGCAUUUGAAAUCAAUUUCAAGACUGGGCAGUCCAGCAAUGAUGACAUUGCUUUCCACUUCAACCCACGAAUGGACCAGAAGGUGACCAUGAACAGUCUAAUAAAUGGAAGUUGGGGAACUGAGGAAAGUGUCUCUGACAACCCCUUUAAAAAGGGAGAAUCAUUUGAGAUGUUUACUGUUAUGAAAUCUGAAGGAUAUCAGGUUUAUGUUAAUGGUAAAGAGCUGUACACAUUCAAGCAUCGUAUGCCACUGGAAAAAGUGUCAACAUUAAAUUUCAGAGGUGAUGUUGCUGUGAAUCUUUCUGGCUUCAUACAAAAGCUUCCUUAUGUGGCCCCAAUACCAGGUGGACUGAGAGAAGGCAUGGCCUUGUGCAUACAGGGAGUUGUUCCCACUAAUGCUGAUCGAUUUGAAAUCAAUUUCAAGAGUGGGCAGUCCAGCAAUGAUGACAUUGCUUUCCAAUUCAACCCUCGAAUGGACCAGAAGGUGGCCAUGAACAGUCUAAUAAAAGGAAGUUGGGGAACUGAGGAAAGUGUCUCUGACAACCCCUUUAAAAAGGGAGAAUCAUUUGAGAUGUUUACUGUUAUGAAAUCUGAAGGAUAUCAGGUUUAUGUGAAUGGUAAAGAGCUGUACACAUUCAAGCACCGUAUACCACUGGAAAAAGUGUCAACAUUAAAUUUCAGUGGUGAUGUUGCUGUGAACCUUUCUGGCUUCAUACAAAACCUUCCUUAUGUGGCCCCAAUAUCAGGAGGACUGAGAGAAGGCAUGGCCUUGUACUUACAGGGAGUGGUUCCCAAGAAUGCUGAUGCGUAA